AUGCAAUCUCUCGCUUUCAACACCUUUACCAUUGAGCGGUUUGGCACGAAAACACUGCUGUGGAAGGGCUAUGCUUUGAUGGCUUUGGUGCUGGCUAUCCUCACAGUUACUCUCUCCCUUCAGCUCCAGACUAAAUAUGAGUGGAUGUCCUCCUGCAGUGUCAGUCUGAUCUUCUUCGUUUUCUUUUCUGGAGUUGGACCGUGUGGAGCCACCAUGUCCAUCAUGGCUGAAAUCUUCAAUCAGUCAUCUAGACCAUCUGCUGUUGUGACUGAAGGAUGCUUCAACUGGACAGAACUCUUUAUUGUUGGAAGGAUUUUCCCAUUUAUUGUGGAAAACCUUGGCUCUUUCUGCUUCCUUAUCUUUAUGGGGAUCCUCAUCAGCUCAGGGAUCUUCAUCUAUCUCUUCCUUCCCAACAAAGGGAAGUCAGUUACGGAAAUAUCAGAGGGCUUUGCAACCUUACAUUUUAGGAAAAGACUUAAUUCUGUUACAGUAAAUACUUUUCUUAAGAAACACAUCACCUACACCAGCUUCUAG